AUGACACCGACAGCCUACAAUAUCCUCACCAGUCUUCCGUACUUUGACGAGGAGGAGCCAGAGGACCUCCCUUUGCUUCCUCCGGGGAAGAGCUGCAAGCAUAAGUGGUCACUGAAAAAAAAUCAGAGCAACCUCCCUGGCGAUGGCUAUAAGCCGGAUUCGUCGACCGUGUGGAAAAUCGCGCUAUAUUGCUCAGUAUGUCGGUCUCAUUUGGAUCUCUUAAUAGAUUUUCAGGAAGGAAGCGCUUUUUCUUCACCGUGCCCGACUAGCUCUAGGCCGUUGCAUCAUUUCAUACACCGACCAGGUUUAUCGAAGCCUCGACAGCAUGGCUUCCUUGCUCCAGAUCCAGAUACCGGGUUCCCAUGGGUCGAUGAGCAACAUUUCCAAUGCUCUGCGGUCGAAUGUUCUGCAAAACUAGUUAUUUGGUUCAAGCCACCCAGACUUGUCCCGGAUUGGGUGAAACAGCUUACCGACAAAUUUAUGAUCAAGACUCGAGCCGAGAAAGCAAUGGCAGAGGACCCGAAACGGUUUGAGGGUCAUGCUGUUCCACUGCCAAUAAACGUCCUCAGCAAUCUGCGGGUUUAUAUCUGGAACGCUGUUCAAACUCCAGAAAAGAGCAGGAAAAUUCCAGGGCACAACAAACAGUUCCUAUUGAGCUUAGGAGAGUCUUGUGCUGAUUUGCUUGAGUAUAUUGGAUUCACACGUGAGGGAGAGGAUUGGCUACCACCAGAGCCUGAAGUCCCUUCGCCAGACUAUUUGUCAAAUUCACUCAACGUUCGCUUGGAUGAUCUACUUAGGGAACUGUAUGUCCUUAUCUUCGAGAGACCGGACGAUGAGAGGAUUACUAUGAACUAUCAGUACAUCCCCGAAUGGGCGAAGAAAGAUUUAAGUGCCGUACUAGGUUGUCUGGACUUCCGGCAAAGCACACGCUCUCGGACCGUUGAUCUGACCGAGGCCAAGGAAGAGCACCCAUGGCACGCCGGAUUAGGUGCUACCGCCGACUUCCAUGACGAGCUCAUAGAAUUCUCUUAUGAGCGACAACUAGAAAUCGAUCCUUAUAACACUCCAUAUUACUUGGAGUGUCUCCAGGGAAUAGCAAGGGGGCGUCACAGCGAAACCCUUCACACUAAAGUUGCGAUAGAGGCUUCCGAGAACCGAAUUAGCUUGAAGGACGUCAGGGCCGCCUUCAAGGAGCUUGGUCUCGAUUCUCGGUCUGACUACGAGGACGACACUAUCAUUGGCACGUUCCAGUCAAGAGUUUCUGAUGCCCCUAAACAAGAGACAGAGAUGCGAAGGGCUUUAAAGAUAAUUGGCCAAAGCCGCAGAAGUGAAAAGAUCGAAUUUGUAGCCUCCCAAGCUGUCACGAAUUAUGAACAAGCGCUUCUCUACCUCGAAGCGUCCGCCGAUUUUACCGAUGACUUUAUUGUCUCGAUGUACACUGUCAAGAUCGAUCAACCAUCGUCAGAGGAAUCUAUAGCACGCCACGCCGUCGCCCUGAUUGCCGAUCACCGCAAGAGUAACGCUCUCAAGCAUUGGCUUGAGACCGGUGCACUGGGCGAGGUGGAGAUGGAUGUGGGUCAGGCAUACGUUCGCCUGGACAUCAGUGACCGAACACUUGACGACGAAAUUAUUCUUGCUCAAUACGAGUCCUUGAUCGCAGACAGCCCAUCUCAGGUUGGCGACCUGAAGAAUGCUCUCGCGGCAAUUGCAAAAGCGAAGAAUUCUCGACGCCUCAAGGGCUUCCUGAAUCUUGACAUGAACUCAUCGGAGCAUCCUAUAUCCGAAUGGCCAGUAGGACUAGAGAAUAUUGGCAAUACAUGCUACCUCAACAGCUUGUUACAAUUUUACUUCACCAUCAAGCCGCUAAGAGACCUUGUCUUGAAGAUUAAGGAGUUCAAGAUGCCGACAGAUGGAGAGAGUCUCAAAUCAAAACGAGUAGGAUCUAGGAAUGUGUCGAAAAAAGAAGUCGAUCGUGCGCAGCAAUUCGUCGAUCAACUGAAGAAACUUUUCGAAGAUAUGAUCGCUUCUUCCAAAGCUUCAGUAACGCCAGAACCAGAACUUGCCCGCCUCACUCUUGUAAGUUCUUCCAAGGAGGAACACAUACGUCGUCAGUCGAUGCUCAGUCCUACCCGUCCUUCACUGGGGCAGAUCAAUGGCAGUCCUGUCUUUGGUCCCCUGGGUCCUCCAAGUCUAUCUCAGAAAGACACAGAGAUGUCUGAUGAGGCCCCACUCGAAGCUAAAGACUCGAAUGCCGUCAACAACGAUCCCAGCGGCGAUGACGCGAGCGAUAUAACUUUGGUUGAUGGUCCGUCUGCGACAGAAGAUGAUGUUAUGAUCUUAGAUGAUGACGAUGGUGAGAAAGGCGUACAACAGAAGUUCUUCGAGGAUAAGGAGAACAUGCCGCCCACCAAAGAAUCAGUCAGAGAGACCUCGCCAGAGACAUACUUGAGACCGCUUGGCGAGUCUUCCCCGUCCCGUGUGAAUGAGCAGCAAGGCUCUUUAAAUCUUUCGAAUGGGAUGGAGAGUGAGCCCCAAGAUUUCAAUAACGAAAACUCAAAGUCAUCCGAGACUGGACAAGGUGAUUCUGGAGAUGAAAAAAAAUCGAUUCCUGCAGCGCCGCCGAACAGACCUCCGCCAGUCCCGCCAAGGCCAAAGCCAAUAGAAACGAAUGCUGUCCAAGAGGCCGAGUAUGGCGCUCAACAGGACGUCACUGAAGUCAUUACAAACGUACUGUUUCAAUUACAAUGUGCUAUCAAGGCCGAAUCCGUUGACGAAUCUGGGGAACAGAUUGACCAAGUCAAACGCCUAUUCUUUGGGAAACAGAAAUCUUACACGACUAACAGACAAGGGAGAAUCAGGACCAAGGAAGAAUAUAUGUCCGACAUCAAGGUCGAUGUAGCUACCGGUUCCCGUGAUAUCUACGCAGCUUUAGACGGCGCCUACGAUGUCCAGGAAGUUGAAGUACGUGGAGACAUCGAACCACAGUACACAUCAAUCAGUCAACUCCCGCCUAUCCUGCAAGUACACGUUCAACGGGUCCAAUUCGACAUGGUGAAGAAGUCCGUGUUCAAGUCGAAUCAUCAUCUGGAAUUGAAAGAGACCAUCUACAUGGAUAGGUACAUGGAUUCCUCUGAUGCAGAUUUAAUGCAGAGACGUCGAGAAUGCUGGGAAUGGAAGAAGCAGCUCACUAAAUUGGAAUCGAGGAGGGUCGAGCUUGCCACUUCAGAUAUGGGGAUGGACAUGCCAGAAAUUCUAGAAGCCACAAGUGACUUCUUGCGCCAAAUUCCCGACUUGGACGACAAAGAUCCCAUCGAGGUUCCGCCCGGUUUACUGCAAGUGCUCGACAACGCUGCAACAGAGGCCAAAGUGGAACUAGAGUCCCUUGACUUGCAGAUCAGGGACCUGAAGUCCCACAUUGCCAGCCAAUUCAACGAUCUUCAAAAGCUCCCAUAUCGAUUGCAAUCAGUUUUCAUCCACAGGGGUUUCCAUAACUCUGGUCAUUAUUGGAUAUACAUCUACGAUUUCACAAGGCAAUUGUGGCGAAAUUACAACGAUGGUUAUGUAACGGAGAUCAAAGAUACCAAGGAGAUCUUCGAGCAAGAACCUGGGGAUCGACCUGCUACGCCAUACUUCUUAGUCUACGUCAAGGACGAAUCGAAAGAAGACUUAGUCGAUUCUGUAUGCCGAGACGUCGUCGAGCCGCCGGCAGAGGAGCAGCAGGAUACUGUGAUGGAAGACUAUAGUCAAGCUCAAGAAAGCCAAACAGAUGGCAACACCUACAGGCCGGUCAAUUCAUCUAUGGACUAUGGCACAGUAGAAUCCUACAAUAGUCAAGGCUGGACUCGUGGUGAAGGCUGGGUAGAUAGCAGUCCCUGGAAUCAGAAGGAAGCUCAGGUGUAUUCGAAUUGGUAA